AUGACAAACGUCAACCUCGAAACACUAGAGAAUCUCAUUAAGGGUUUAAGAAUCGAUCUGAAAAAAGACUUACAAGAAUCACUUAACGACAUCGAGGCCAAACUUUCAAAGAACAUAAAGGAACUAAAUGAGAAAUUGCAAGAUACGUACACAAACAUCCGAAAAGAUAUAGAAAAUGUCAAAGAAACAAACACGAAUCUUGACAAUAAAAUGUGUUAUAUUGAGAGACAAAUACGGAAAAGAAAUGUAGUCUUCUUCGGAGUGGAAGAAACCGAAAACACAUAUGAAGAGCUGGAGAAAAAUAUUAUCUCAAUAAUCACAGAAACUCUGAAAGUUGACUGUAAUCAUCUAGAUCUGGAGAUAGUGCGCAGAAUAGGAAUAAAGAAUGAAAACAAAAUAAGACCAGUGAAAGUAACUCUCACAACAUUCGGCAAGAAAAUAUGUAUUUUGAAGAAAAGUAGUCAUUUGAAACGGACAAACAUGUAUAUUAAAGAAGAUUUUACCCCACAAGUACUGGAAACCCGCAAAUUACUUCAAGACCAACUACAAAAGGCUAGAGAAGAAGGUAAAAAAGCUUUUAUACGCCACGACAAAUUAAUUAUCAAGGAACCAGAUAACAAGCAACCGGCAGAUAGAAAAAAAUCCCCUCGAAACUCAAAAAAGAGGGAAUUAGAAGUAACUCCGCCAAACCAGAUGGCAAGUUCUUAUCACAGACAGGAGAGCUCGAAGAGGCAAGUAGCCAAAAAGAACAAAACACAAAUAGAAAACCAAAACACCAUACUUAGCUAUAUGAAGAAUACUAAGAAUGGUCUGCACACCCGUUCACCUUCAGUGACAUCCAUAGAAGACGGCGAGACAUAG